AUCAUCAAUGGGUCAUGGAUGGGUAAAUCUUUGUUGUCAGGUUCAGUCCUGCAUCUCAGCCGACACCUUGAGCAUAUUAUUAUUAGCAAUAAUGCGCCUAGCAGUGCAUUCACGCCGAUCCUCGACCGACUGGUUUGGGUGGAUUAUCAGAUUGUGGAUUCGGUGAUCUCAUAUCAGCCUUGGAAGUUGGAAGGCGGGUAGUUUGGAGCAACUCAAACCAUGGCUCAUCCACGAUGUUUAGAACCAUGGGUUGAUCCCGUGGAUCGCUGCGGAUAAAAGCCCCGUUUCCACGGGAGGAACAUUCGAGGAGGUCCGACUUUAUUCCGAUACUGGAGAGAGUAUUAUCAAUUUAUCCCGGUAUUGAAGUUCCUCAGGGGUGAAAACAGCAUUAAGCGACCGAACAUUCCCAACUAUUAAUCCCCUUUCGUCUGCAUUGGUUUUAUUUUAUACGCCAAUGGAAUUCAAGAGACCACAAGACACAAACUCAGAAAAGGAGGAAGUUCCCAUGGCAUUGUUUGGAAUGGGAAAAGCUGGGCAGUGGUUCAAGAGUGUAUAGCCAGCCAGUCACAUAGGGAAUAGGCUGGCAGCUGCGAGGGUUUAAGCGGCAUGCCAGGCCAUCAGACGCCUCCGUGGCAGACGACUCGACUGCUCUUGCAAGUUGCAACACCAGGCUCACUUCUUCGCGAUAUGAGGAUAUUUAAGGGCUCUGCCAGUUGUUAAGCUAUUCCUCCGAUGCUGGCUGAAGCAGACAGCGGUUUGGUUUGCCCCCCCUGGUUUGACGAUAAAGCAAUAAAUCCUGAGAGUAGAUGGUGGCGGUAAAGCGUUGGCGAUGCCAUUACGCGAUGCACAUAUUGCCCUGCAAAACCACACCAGAAGAGCACAGAAGUCGUCCCUGGCCGGAGUAAUUGCAAAGAUUGGAUGAGUUUGGGGAAGCUAUUUUAGGAUUGGGUGGCUAAGGUAAAGACCACGGAGGAUUUCUUCCGCCAGGCACCCAGGGGAAGUUAGAAUUUCGGGAGUUGAAUUGCCAGGGUGCGUGCAAAGACAAGUACUAUUCGUGCCACAGUGGGGAAUUUAAUGAUCUCACUCCACAGCAGUGAGAGUGCCAUUCGCUCGGCCUCCUCGGGUGUGUCUCUCCCAUCGAUACCAGCGGUGGUCAUCUGUGAUAGCAAACAGGCCCGGCUGCUAGGCAAGUCAGGAUGGGACAGCUGUCAAAAGGGUAAAAAUACUAUGCGUACAUGCUGAGGAACCGCCAGGAAAUAACCUGAUCGUAUCGACGGAGGCAACGGCCGAUUUGUUGAUCCGGCAGUUGAUUCUCCAAUAGUCAUUGGAUGAGGUUUCAGCGGGGGAAAUUUGAGUUGCGCCCAAAAGCCUCCAGUCCGUCCUGUCACCACCUGCGAGGCUACGACACAGCAAGUUUUAAACACACCGCGCCAGGGCCAAUCGAUCCGCAUCGAAAUGAUAGCAGGCGGAUAAGCGACAUUUUCGAAUUAGUGGCUUUCAAUUUGCCGAAAACGUGGACAUAGGGUGACAAGGGCUUGUCCCUCCCGUUUCUUUAAACUCUCUUUUAGGCAAGUAUUUUCUUUUUCCAGUUCUCCCAAUCAUCAGCCUGGAGCUGGGUAUUUGUAUUUGUAUUUGGACCUCUUUAUUGGAGUGGAGAAGGACUUUCGCAUAAUUUGGCCUUUCACCCGACGUUCUUUUGCAUAUCAUAUCCAUCAUUUCACCGAUUGGCCCAACUCGGAAGCUUCUGGAUGCAUGUUUUGUGCCAGUUAGCGCCAAUCACUCGCUGGGGAAUUUCAAGCCACAUUUAUAUUCGACAGCCGAAGGAAGGUGUGAUUCAAACUUAGCAAGUUACCCUGCGUAGUAGCUGGUUUGAGACGCCACUGCGCUGCGUAACUACGCAGUACAGUACGGAGUACAGUAGAAUGGGCAAACUUCCGGAUGGCAGCAGUCAACAUGAAUGAAAUGAAAACGACCAUCGGGUGGAUCAAACCACUGUUUGCAUAACGGAGUACGGAGUACAAAUAGUAGUAUUGUUUUCCCCUGUCGAAUGGCCCAAUGAAAUGGCGCGCGCCAAUAACAUUCAGAAUGCUUUGGCUGAAUGUUUGCCACUUGAACAAUAAUAAUAAUGAACAGCCAGUUCUGCAAAUCCACUGGAGCAAUUAUUGAACCAGAAAUCCAAUCCCAGAAAGAAGUGAAAAAAGCAAUUGUUGGUUGAUGGGAUCCCAUCAGAAACUUGAUAUAAAUUUAGUAGGUCGGGGCAUCUAACAUGUGCCAACCUAAUAAUGCCUCUCUGAUGGACACAUGGGUAUACAUAUAUAUAUCCAUGCUCAGAGAAACAGAAAGACAUGUUGAAAAUAUGUUAAAGCAUCCCACAUGGCGAUUGAAACGGUGUCUUCCUCUAAUUCGAUCGUGGUUAUCAAUUUUCAAGCACGCUACUUCGCAUUAUUCUCUCCUUUGAGAAGCGAACGGUGGGGAUACGAUAAGCCAACACAGCAGGGAUUGCACACUAGAUAUUUUCGACGGUAGAAAUUCCCUGAUGCAAUGAUUAUCGCCCAGAUGCUAUUCUGGUUUUCCCAGGUUCUUCCUGUUCCUCUCUUGUGGACAGGUCUGCUGCUUCUUUUGCUUGAACAAAAGGACCUUAAAAUGUGGGCAAAAUUAUGUUGACAUUCUUCACUCCACAACUUCCAGAAACGAGAGUUACGAUAGAAUCUGAUUUUUACAUUAGCUCCUCGCCUUUCGCCUAUUGGAUCUCAAGCCCCGGGGGCAACAGGGAACACCCAGGCAGCUUCAGGAACUAAGGGGCUAAUGGCAGUUGGUCGAUGCGAUGCAAGCAAUUUCGUACCUGAGCUUACUACGUAAGUUACUGUACUGCGUAGGGUUCCGAAAGGAGCAUAGCCGCCUGGACCAAUCGCUAACUUACAUCUCACCAAUCCCCAGCGCCAGUGUUGUUCCAACGCAGAACUACGCUUAUUAGUUACCGCGAGAGGAGAGCACCACACAACACCCCCCCGACAUCAGACCCUUAAUAUUAAACCUGGCACUUCACACACAACAUAAAUAAUAAUAUCAACUACCGAACAACUCCAGUGAGAUGCUUAGCGGGGUGGCUGAGGCUGAGUGGACUUGGCAGCCGCAGAAAAACCAACCCUGGGGAUCUGCUGGCCCUCUGGAGUUUGGAGACGUUUUUGAGAUGCCCUCGGAUACAGUCUUGCGAAGCCGUGAAUUCUUAAACUAAUGGUACCAUUGGUACGAAGACUGAUCGAAGACUUUGCUUGAAAAGAGCUGCAGCCUCUAUGACAACUGUUUAUUAUUAUUCAAUUGUUUUAAAGGCUCCAAGGUGGGACCGGAUCCGACGCACGAUGGAUGCAUGAAUCUGCAACCCUGGGCGAUUUAGACCCGCUGCACUUGAGUUAACGUAGGUUGGAACCAGAGCUGGGCCUGGGCGGGAGGAGAUGACUACCAGCCGUCUGCCGACCGCGGUUUCUCAUAUACAUGCAUUGCGGCCCCGAAAAAGUGCUCUUUUCUUUCCCGUUUUCUUUCAUUCCUUUCCCUAGGUGCUUAUGUACUUGACAAAGAGGCAGUUAUGUUUACUCGAAAAUCUAGCCUCUUGCUGGCCCUGGUCAACGCUUUGCCAUUGUUUGCAUCUCCUGUCCCUGAAAUCCGUGAUGUUUCUGGUGCCGACUGGCAAGCUCUGAAUGCUAGUGUCGAGGGCCGUCUCGGUGUCGCACGACCUGUUGCAAAACCUUGUUACCUGAGAUACGAGGUAGAUAGCCUCCGGCUCAAGCGGUCCCUUCAUACCCCAGACCAAGCAGUUUGCAAAAUCGCACAGGACAACCGGCGCAAUGUCGAAUUUAUCUCCGCGCAGCCCGGAGGAUAUCACAACCCAUACUAUGGGACCUGCAUGACUACUGGGCAUGGGUGUCCGCUCACAAAAUUGCUGGUGAAUGACGGCACUUGCUAUCAGGGCAACGUACCGGACUAUUACAUUGAUGUGCGGAAAGUUUCGGAUAUCCAGGCAGGAUUGAGGUUUGCGGAAGCACACGAUAUCCCCUUGGUGGUGAAGAAUACGGGACACGAUUUUAAGGGUCGCAGUGCAGGUGCUCACAGCUUGGCCCUCUGGACACACAACCUCCAGCCCCCAAUUAAAUUGCACAAAAGCUUCAGAGCCAGUAAAUGUGAGGAAUGCUCUGGCCCCGCUUUAACAUAUGGGGCCGGCCAGGGUUUCCAAGGUAUCUAUGACUUUGCUCACGCGAAUGGAUACAUGGCGUUAGGCGGAGCUUGCCCAACGGUGGGCGCGUCGGGAGGCUAUCUUACUGGCGGCGGCCACAGUCUGCUUUCCCCUGCCUAUGGUCUCGGUGUUGAUAAUGUCCUUCAGAUUAAGGUUGUGCUACCCAAUGGCACCUAUGUCACUGCCAACCGGUGUCAAAAUCAGGAUAUUUUCUUCGCGGUCCGUGGCGGCGGCGGUGCUACUUUCGGUGUGAUAGUAGAGACAACCGCUCGUGUCUUCCCUGAAGUCCCCUUGCAAACGGCAGUUAUCGCCUGGAAAGGUUCAUUGGAUAAGCAGACGACGAAAAUCCUCGUGGAUAAUGGUGUGAAAUGGGCAAAAGACGGAUGGGGAGGAUAUGUGGCUAGCCUCGGAGACGGAUCCAGCAUCAUGAUGGCGAUCACGCCCAAACUUACUCUCGAUGAAGCAAAACUCUCGAUGAAAGAACUGAUUAACUUCGCCCUGCCUCGUAACGACGGUACCCUUCGCUUCGGAGUGGACGUAACGACAGUUGAAAACUACUGGGAAUUCCUCCGAACUCCUGCGAUGCAAUACUUUGGUGUCCUCGUCAACGGUAUCUCCAUCGCGCAGGCCUCGCGUCUUGUUACCGACAAGAACUUCAAAAAUAAAGGAAAGCGACGGGAGCUCACAGAUGUCCUUUCGAAAAUGAGAUACGGUCUUAACAUGGUUGCACCUUACGCGGCUGACUUGCCCGACUCGGACAAGCCUGGAGGUCCCGGAGAGGCAUCCGUCACUCCUGCAUGGAGAAAGGCAAUUUGGCACGUGGUGAUGCAGAAAGCCUGGGAUGUUGACGGCCAGAACGAGCAUCCUCCCGAAUUUUUCGUCGACCGUUUCAGAGAAGCGAGCGCGAUGGUGCGGCCACUACGCAACAUUACCCCAGAUGGCGGCGCCUACCAAAAUGAAGCCGAUACCUACGAACCAAACCAUAUCGACAGCUUCUGGGGACGGGCGAACUACAACCGGCUCCUCCGGAUCAAGAAGCAGGUGGACCCGAAGAACCUGCUGACGUGCCAUCACUGCGUCGGAGCCGACCCCAGUGAUAGCCGUCUGAGCUGCUACCCAGAGAUAUAAUUUUUUGUCUUUCUUUUCUUUAUCUUGCAGCCGGUGGAUGUUUGCGAAUUUCUAGUAUUGAUGAUGAGUUGGCUCUGUGCAACAUGCUCAUUGAAAUUUCUAACUGGGAAGUGUUGAUAAUAGAUAUUUGUGUCUUCUCUGUACAAUGCGAUAUUAGGUUUUCUAUUUAUUUAAUGGAUUUCAUUUAUCAUAUUUUGUUAUUUAUUUCAGCCCCGGUCACCUACUUUUGUUUAGUUAUUAGAUAAUUGUUGUUUUCCAUCUUACAUGUAGCUAUUUCAGCUAUUCCAAUGACGAAUAUCCAUCCCCACAGUUUCUCGUCCAUUCUAGACUCCGCGGUUUGGUGAUAUUUUGUUCCCAUUUGUGCAGUGGUCACCAACUGAGCGUCCGGAUAUCAGAUAACUAUGGUUCACACAAAUUUAAGUGUGGACUAGAUAGAUGGAUAGAUUAUUUCUUAGAAAUGCUCUGUUACAUGCGUUUCUCUCCACAUAAUGCAUUUCUUUGCAACUCGGAACUGCAAAAUGGCGGGUUGGUUGUCAUCGCAGCCCGGUACGAUCAAAUCACCAGGCUGGGAUCAUCCAUCCUCACACUCCUCCUUCCAUGGGUUUGUCUCCACGCCAAUCUCCGAGUUAAUAUAAGGAAGUUAGCUAACUAGUUAAUGACAAUAACAUUAAUAAUCCCUUCCCUCCCUGACACACACACAGACACAACCAACAAAACCCGCAUCCUCGAGUCGUGUGCUGUACGUAGAACGGGCCGGACCGCAACCAAGUUCAGUGUCAUAGUUCCAAAUAAGUUCACCCGGAGAAAGCCAAUUCGCCACAUCUUUCCUUUCCUUCUUCUCUUCUCUUCUUUUUGGUUUUGGU